GCUCCCCGCCUGGCUCUGAGCCCCCACCGCAGAGUCCACCCCGGCACCAUGCAUUCCCUGGAGGAGCCCCUGGACCUCAAGCUGAGCAUCUCCAAGCUGCGAGCUGCCCGGGAGAAGCGUGGUCCCUCCGGGCCCCGACCCCGCGCUCCCCAGCGCCCGGACACCCCGCCGGUCGGGGAUGGCCGAGGGGGCGGCCGAGGGGGUCGCCGUGCUGUGCCAGCCUCGCCGUCCCCCGGGCUCCUGGCACACUCCAGGCUGGUGGAGCCGCGGGAUGGGCGCUUCCCGGCUGCCGUGCCGGUGGUGGACCUCAGCCUCUCACCCCGCUCCGGGGGGGAGUCUCCGGCUGGCAGCGCUUCGCUGUCCCCUGAGCGCCAGGGCAGCGGGGACCUGCCCGGCCCCCUCACCCCCCACGAUUUCCAGUCCCUGCGCUACAUCGACGGCCUCCCCAGCUCCUUCCAGUUCUUCCUGCCACUGGGGGCUGGGGGGGCCCUGCAUCUGCCCCCCACUGCCUUCCUGCCCCCCAGCAAGGAGAAACGCCUCGCCCCUGAGCUGCCCCUGCCCAAGCAGCUCAUCUGCCGCUGGUCCAAGUGUAACCAGUUCUUUGACCUCCUGCAAGACCUUGUGGACCAUGUCAAUGACUUCCAUGUCAAACCCGAGAAGGAUGCAGGGUACUGCUGCCACUGGGAGGGCUGUGCCCGCCAUGGCAGGGGCUUCAAUGCCAGGUACAAGAUGCUGAUCCACAUCCGGACGCACACCAAUGAGAAGCCACACCGCUGCCCCACCUGCAACAAGAGCUUCUCCCGCCUGGAGAACCUGAAAAUCCACAACCGCUCGCACACAGGUGAGAAGCCCUACAUCUGCCCCUACGAAGGCUGCAACAAGCGUUACUCCAACUCCAGCGACCGCUUCAAGCACACCCGCACCCACUACGUGGAGAAGCCCUACUCCUGCAAGAUGCCGGGCUGCCACAAGCGCUACACUGACCCCAGCUCCCUCCGCAAGCACAUCAAAGCCCACGGGCAUUUUGUGUCCCCCGAGCACCCAGAGAUGCUCAAGGUCCAUCCGCCUCCCAAAACGCCCCUGGGCUCGCCAGAGGUGCCCUAUGUUAACGGGGCACAGCUCGUCAUCCCCAACCCCGCCGCCCUCUUCGCCCCCCCAGGGCUGCCGGCGCUGCCCAUCCCUUUGGCACCGGCACCUCUCGACCUCAGCGCCCUGGGCUGCGGGGCUGCGGGUACCCUGCCCGCCCUGCCCGGCCCCGUCCUGCCCCUCAAUGGCGGUCCUCUGAACUUGGCCAAGAGCCCGCUGCUGCCCUCGCCCUUCACAGCGGGGCUGGGGCUGCCUGUCAUGUCGCUGCUGGCCGGCGGGGCCAAGGCUGAGGGGGAGAAGGGCAGCGGGGCUGAGGGGCGGCCUCCCAAGGCAGGCAAGGGGUCGGACACCCGGAAGGAGAGGGGCGAAAGGACGGAGCCGGGGCGGUCGCGGGUGCUCCCUGAGAGCCUGGCACUGCUGCCGGGGGCUGUGCUCGACCUCUCAGCCGGUGUCAGCUCGGGGGGCAGCCCCGAGGCACUGCCCCCUGGCUGGGUGCUCAUCCCCCCCGGCUCCCUGCUGCUCAAACCCGCCGCAGUCAACUGAGGGGCUCGACGAUGCCCAGGGCCAGCCCGCCGGCCCUGUGGGCAGAUCCUGCUCCCUGGGGACGGAGGGGCAUCGCCUCCUCCUCCCCCCUGCAGCCCCAGCGGGGCCUCGCUCGUGCUUUUAACUGUCACGAAAGAAGAACGGACUCUUCUGAGAAAAGCAAUAAUCCCUCGGCGGCCAGAGCCGGCUGCAACCCUUCGCUGGGGGCAGCUGGGGGCACAAGGGGAACCCCCUGCCCUCUCGGGCCUGGACAGCCGGAUACGCCGCUAUUUAUUUCUUGACCAGCCCCUUGCUCUGACAGGGCCCUGCUUGGGCUCUCCUGCUUCUGCUGACACGGCGUCUCCCUGCCCGAAGCCUUGGCGCUGCCGUGGGGGGCCGCAGCCCCCCGGCCUCCGCCGCACAGACAGCGGGGUGACAGCUUGGGGACCGCCUGCUCCC